UUCGCUAUUAUCCAUCCAUUCCACAAUUAAUAUCCCAAAUCGUAUUUAUCAAACUUGGUUUUUAUGAAUACGUCCUUUAUGAAUGGCUACCAAUAAAAAGGUGUGGCUAUUGUGAAAAUUCUUAAAACAGCCAAUCACGUUUGACCGUUGAAAUUUUUAAAUCCACCAUUUAACAAUUUUCACAAAAUCUGUGUAUAAUUCAUAGGGAGAACAGUGUGUACUCAUCAUAGUGUGUUAACUUUUUUUUUGAUUUAAAUCGAUAGCAUAACAUGUUGUUUUUCUGUCAAAAUUCUGUCAAAUCAAAAUAAAAUUGGCAUAAUCAUCAAUCACAAUGAAGAGAUCGGGAUCGGAAAAAAAUGAUUCCCAUAUUGUGUCCAAAUCACCACGGUUACUAAAUUCGGGUAAUGAUGAAAUUGAUUCACUCGAAAUCAGAAAUCAAAUCAAAGUUUGUGUCCGUAUUCGCCCAUUGAAAUCAAUUGAAUUGGAAAACAAUACUAAAUCAAUAAUCGAAUUUAUCGAUAAAUCAGCGCUUGUAUUCGAUCCAUAUAAAGAAGAUAAUCGAUAUGAAUAUCAUGGAAAACGAUAUAAAGAAAUUGGCAAAAAAGCGAAUAAAAAUUUAAAAUUUAAUUUUGAUCGUGUUUUCAAUAAUGACGAAGAUAAUCUUACUGUUUAUAGUGAAACUACAAAAAAUUUGGUCACUUCUUUACUUGCUGGCUAUAAUUGUUCCGUGUUUGCAUAUGGCUCAACUGGUUCUGGUAAAACCCAUACUAUGCUUGGCUCAUCAGAUGAUCCUGGUGUUGUUUUUUGCACCAUCAUGGACCUAUACAAACAUAUUGAGGAAAAAAAAGAUCGAAAUCUUGAGCUGAAAAUUUCCUAUUUCGAAAUCUAUAAUGAAGUUAUUUAUGAUCUACUUGAUCCAAAAUCCGGCAAGCCAUUAUCUGUUCUAGAGAAUGUUAAUAAAAGUAUUAACGUUCAAAAUCUUUAUGUUUAUCAACCAAAAAAUGCAGCAGAUCUGAUUGAACAGCUUGAAUUUGGCAAUAAAAAUCGUAAACAACAUCCAACCGAUGCCAAUUCCGAAUCAUCACGUUCACAUGCCGUAUUUCAGAUUACAUUACAACGUAAAGAUUUUUCCAAUGAUCAAAGAAUGGCUAUUCAGGUUUCGAAAAUGAGUUUAAUCGAUCUGGCUGGAAGUGAACGAGCAACGAAUGCAUAUAAAACAUAUCGAAGUAAUAGUUUACAUCGUGAAGGCGGUAAUAUUAAUAAAUCAUUACUAUCAUUGGGUAAUUGUAUUCAUGCAUUGACAAGUAAGAAGAAAAAUGUCUACGUUCCAUAUCGUAGUUCGAAAUUGACAUUGAUUUUACGUGAUUCAUUGGGUGGUAAUUGUCAAACAGUAAUGAUUGCAACGGUUUCACCAUCAGCAAAUCAAUAUGAAGAAAGUCAUAGUACAUUGAUUUAUGCGGAACGAGCUCAAGGCAUACAAUUGAAUGCCCAUAAGAAUAGUAUAUUGGUUGAUGUUAAACCACGAGAUUAUAAAUGUGUGAAUGAAAAUUUGUACAGAGAAAAUGCUAAACUGCUUAAAAUAAAAGAAGACCUUGAACAACAAUUGGAAAAAUAUAAGAAUCACGAGAAAUUUGUUCCGGAUAAUCCAAUCAAUGCAUCGAUGGAUUCAUUGGCUAAAUUAAAUUCGGUCAAAGAGAAUUUGGAUCAUCUUUUCGAACAACGUAUCGAAUUGCGUUCGGAACUUUUGAAAUGUGAACAUAAUCUAAAAUUGUUGGAUUUUCGAUCAGAAUACCGUAAAUAUGAAAAUGAACGAUUAAAAUUAUUGAACAUUCUCGGUGAAGAAAAUCAAUCUGACCAUUCAAAAGGAUUACAUUCGAUUUAUGAGCAAACAUCGUAUUAUUCAAACCUAAAAUCAUCGAUCGAAAAAGAGGUGGAAGAAAACGAAAAUAAAAUAAUGAAAUUUGAAAAUGAUCUAAUGGCCAACACCGAUAACGAUAUGAUUGUACAAACUUAUUUUGAGAAAAAUCAUACUAUUCUUGAAAAGAAAGAAAUGAAAUUCAAUCGAGAACAUCAACGAAAAAUGAUGAAAGAAUUCUUUUCAAAAUAUUAUGCAUUUGAAGAAUUUGAUGGAGAUUUUUUGGAUUUCAUUUAUAAAUAUAAAUCAUAUGAUAUAUUGAAUGAUAAGGGAAAAUUAUCGGAUGAAAUGGAUGAAAAAUUUCGAUCGAUCGUGCAUAAGAUAAAAGGUAAAAAGAAUGUCAUAUGGCGUGAUGAUAUUGAUCCAACAUCUAUAAACAGAAUGAAAAAAAUGUUACAACUUUUCUCAUUGCCCGUUUAUGAUGUUACAUUGAAUAAUACACCGGAAAUUAAACGAAAUUUAGUAGCCAUACGUGAUAUAACACCACGUUUAUUACGUCCAAUACAGAAUCGUAAUGUAACACCUAUACAUAUUGGACAAAUGAAUCAUCAAAAUCUUGGCAAUACAAUAAAUAUAUCUCGUAAUGUAGCUAUUCAUUCAUCUGGACAAAAACAACAAUCAAUACACUAUCGCGAUAAACCAUCACAACGUUAUUAUAAUAAUAAUAAUAAUAUUUCAAAAUAUUAUAAUCAAUCACUAACAUCAAUAGAUAAUCAUCAUCAGCCAUGGCCCCCAUCAUCUGUUGGCGGUGGUUCGCAACGAAAACAAAGACAUGGCUAUCGUAAUAAUAAAUACAAUUAUAACGGUGGUGUUUCGAAUUUUCAACAAUCAAAUUCACGACCGUCGGAAGAUAAUUUUGGUUAUAAUCAAAAUAUUCGACCUAGAUUUCGUGUAUAAAUAAUAAUCUACAAUGUACAACAAAUUUCAUCUGAUUAGAUAAAAACUACAUUAUGAAUAUCAUAUUCUCUACAUUGAUUAAUGUUUUUAAAUUAAGAUUAAGAUUUAUUAUCAAUUGGGU